AAAAAGAGGGCUCAAUUCAAGGAUGCAGGAGGAGCUGUAGCAAACUUUGCAAAGGCGGUGGUUAAUCAUUCAAUUCAAUUUAGUUAUUUAUUUAUAUAUAUAUAUAUAUAUUAUAUAAUCACUAUCAUGAACUAGUUUUUUGGUAUAAAUGGGUUGUUCAGACCUUUCCCAUCUCUUUCUCUUUCUCUGUUGCUCUGUGUUCAUCAGUCUUGCUCUAUUGUUUGUUGUUUUCAGUUCUUUGUAGUAGACUUGUACCUUUGCUGUGCAGUUUUGCAGGAUAGGCCUGUGAGAUUUGGACUAGGCAGAAAGAGAGAGAGAGUGUGUGAGAGAGAGACAGUGGGAAGAAGAAAAAGUGCUGGAGUUGCUGUUGCUCUUGUAAUUAUUGUUUGUUUGUUGGUUUUUGUUUCAAAAGAGAGAGAGAGAGAGAGAGAGAAAAAAAAAAGGAAGGAAAUUUUUUGUUUUUGUUUUUUUUUAUAAUUUUUUUAAGUUCUGUGGAUGGCAGAUUGGGAGGAAGGAAGAUUUCUGAAGUAGGUAUUUCUGUUUUGAUUGGAGGUAAAACAAAGAUGGAUUUCAAUGAGAAGGAUAAAUUUGUUAUGGAAAAGAGUGGUGCUGGUACUAGUGCUGGUGGUGGUGGUGGUGGUGGUGGAGAUCAUUUGAGUUGUCAAUCUUCUGGUAUUCCAUCAGAUUGGCAAAUACCUUUGCUUUCAAUGGUGGAAUCAUUCAAUCCUGGUAUCUGGAACAAUACAACCACAAGUUCACAGAACUUGGGGUGGACUUCUUCAGAGCCAAUCCCUAAAGUGCCAUUGUUCUUGCAGCCAGUGCCCACUGGCCUUCCCCCUAGCCUCUCCCACAUCCCUGCUGAUUCGGCAUUCAUUGAAAGAGCGGCGAGGUUUUCCUGCUUCAAUGGUGGUGGUUUGAGCGGUGUGGUCAACCCCUUUGCUACUUCUGAGCCAUUGAAUCCUUUCUCCGGUGUGCCCCGUGGUGUUCCGACAGCUCCCGAGAGUGAGCUGAAUCUUGCUGAUGCUCCUCCUGGUGAGCAUAGAUCUCAGAGUGGUGGUAGUCCAAUGAAAAAACAUAGAGGUAAAGGGAGCUUGCAAAUUGGUGCGUCGAGCAGUGAGCCCGGCGAUACCGAUAAUACUAAUGGAGCUAGUCAAGAAGAAACUUCUAUUGGUGAGCCUUCUUCCAAAGGCAUUCUUGGUGCUAAGAAGAGGAAAAGGAUUAUCAAUCAGGAUGUGGAAUUGAAUCAACAACAGCCUGCUGAAAAUGCAAAGGAUGAUAGUGAAAGUAAGCAGAUUACUGAGAGUCAGCCGACCGGAAAGGCUGCUGGAAAACAGGUGAAGGAAAUCUCUGAUACCCCUAAAGAUGAUUAUAUUCAUGUUAGAGCGAGACGCGGUCAGGCGACCAAUAGUCACAGUCUUGCUGAAAGAGUGAGGAGAGAAAAGAUAAGCCAGAGAAUGAAGUUUCUUCAGGACCUUGUUCCUGGUUGUAGCAAAGUUACCGGAAAGGCAGUCAUGCUUGAUGAAAUCAUCAACUAUGUUCAAUCAUUGCAGCGACAAGUCGAGUUUCUGUCUAUGAAGCUUGCAACUGUAAAUCCACGGCUGGAAUUCAACAUAGAAGGGCUACUUGCUAAAGAGCUCGUCCACUCACGAGGUUGUUCUUCAUCCUCAAUUGGUUUCUCAUCAGAUAUAAUGCAUCCUCAGUUACAUUCAUCUCAACAAGGUCUGGUUCAUCCUGGGAUUUGUAGCAUGGUAAACCCUCCAGAUGCACUUAGAAGAGCAGUAAAUCCUCAAUUUGCUCCGUUGAACGGAUUCAAAGAGCCGACAUCUCAGAUGCCCAAUGCUUGGGACGAUGAGCAUCAUAACAUGGCACAGAUGCCCUUCAGUACUAAUCCUUCUCUCAGCACCCAAGAAAUGAAUGCUAAACCUCACGACGGCUUCUCCAUGUAGACCUUUUACAUUCGAGCCAAAUUCCCGACAUUGCAAUGCCUUGCACAAAGUCUGAGCUUUGACAGUACCUUCCCGCGCCUCAUCUCCAUGUUACAAAAUUAAGAUGCACAAGCUCGGACACUCUAUAAUCUGGUGACUAAAAGAUGUAUAAUUGAAUGGAUUGCAGUCAACUCGUUGAAGAUCUUCGUAUUCUACCGAUACAUAUGAACUUAUCAACCAUGGCUUCUUGUUGUACAGCAAGUGUGCAUGCAUGGUUUCGCCACCCGGGCCUAGGUACAUAUAUAUUGUAUAAUUCCCAUUAUUUCAUGGUAACGUAGCAUACUAGAGAGAUCUCAACCUGAAGUGAAAAUCAAUAAAGCCGAAAUCCAAUGCUCUGUUGAAACAAGCAAGUUCUAGAUCAUGCCAGUGUUUCAAGUUCUUUUUGUCUCUCUACUUGUGCUACAAAACUGUUUUGAACUGCUGAUUAUACUAUGAUCUGUUAUAUAUAUUUUUAUGUCGCAUUGCAUUGCAUUGCAUAGUCUGGUUAUCGGUGUCGAUGGACCACGGAUGACGGUGGACCAUCGGAGAUCCGGCAAAGAUCUGGUAUUUGCUGGCAAUGGACCACACUAUAUCCUCAAAAAUACAUAGGGAGGAUUGGUUUAUGCAAGCCUGGAACUUUGAAUUAAGUAUGACCA